UUCAUCGUAUACAAAGACUAGUCAUUGAAUUCAAAUAUAACACAUUUAUUACAGUGACGUACUCAGAGCAAAGUGGGGUUAAAUAUACUUGCGACGGACAAAUAAAUAUUUUAAUGUUUAAAAAAAUGGAGAAAAAUAUGUAUUAAGUAAAUUGUUUUGAUUUUUUUUUAGGUAUAUGAGUGUGUUAUUGAUUGGGUAAAACAUGAACUUGAUUGUAGAAAAUGGUUUUUGACCGAUUUAAUGGAACAUGUACGAUUGCCAUUCACUUCAAUGCAGUAUAUAUUUAAAAACGUAGUUGAUGAACCUCUGCUUAAAUGUAAUCCUAUACGUAUGAUUUUUGUAACUUUACCUAAAAUUGCCUAUAUUGUGAACGUCAUCUUAUAUAAUAGCAAUAUUUUAGAUAAAGAUUAUGCAUUAGAAGCAUUACAUUUUCAUAUGCUUAAAUCACAACAGUUCAUCACUAUUCCAAAAACAAUUCGGUGUGUGCCAAGACAACCGGAUUGGUCAGAAUCUAUGGAAAAAUACAAUAUUAACUGGUAUGACCCAGCAACCAACAUAAUAUGGAAGAGAGCACCAGGACCAGAUAUGAGGGAUGGCUGUCGGCCAGUCCAUAUUGCCUUAUUAACAGAUAAAUUGGUAUUUGCUAUUGGUAGUAAUUAUUAUUUACCAAGAACCCGGUCUGUUCAAAUGAUUGAUUUAUCUUCACAAUCCUUCCGUUGGGAUCCCAUGGAUAAUAUGAUUGUCGAUCGUAGAGAUUUUCAAGUUGGUGUUUUAAAUAAUCAUGUGUAUGCUAUUGGCGGAUUUAAUGGUUCUAGUUCUGGAAGAAGUGCAGAGGUUUUUGAUAUCGAUAUUCAAGAAUGGGAAAAAAUACCUAAUGUGUCCUGUAAGAGAAGAUGGGUUGGUGUUGGAGUACUCGAUAAUCUUUUAUACGCGAUCCAAUCCAUUAUCAUGUUACGCAGAUCAAAACGUACUUGCAAGUCAAAAGUAACUGUUGCUGUUGCUUUGGAAAAUAAUUCCGACGAACCCCCAAUCAAACGUAAACGUGGUCAUCGACUAGAAGCUUCUGUUAAGGAUUCAACAACUGAAGAUGACAGUUCUGGAGAUGAAUUUGUGCCAACUGACAAUACUUCUAUAAAAACUUCUUGUACUUUAAAUUUAUCAGAAUCGGACAGCGAUAAUGAUGCUCAAGACUCUAACAAGACUAAUGCGAAAGCAUUGGAACAGUCUGACACUGAAAGUGAAGCUGAUGAUAAUGUUUGUCAAACAAAUUUUGAUUUCAACACUCUUUUAAAACCUCAAGAUACCACAGAACUUUCCAAAAGUGAUGUGAAAUCUGAGACUGUUGACACCCUUGUGGAAAAUGGUCUUUAUGAUAAUAUGGAUGUUGCCAAAAUCUUAUCUGUGGGAGAAGGAGUUAAUUUAGGAACAGUUUUAAAUAAUGUUGAUGAUACUGUAAAAGAGACGAUGAAACGCGAUGAUAACUAUACUAUUCCUGAAAUGGUUGAAAUCACUGUUAAACUUCCGAAUGAUAUGAAGUGUAAAAAAGGUCAAGAUAUGGAAAAUAUUCUCAGGAGACGUAUGAAUACAAUAUGUAAAGAUACUCAAGUUUUAAUUCAUAAAGUAAAUCUUCUCUUAUGGAUAUCUUAUGGUAAUCGGUUGAACAGUAUUCUUAAUUCACCAGAAGUCAUGGGAUCAGCAUUGUCUCUAAUACCUUCUAAUAAGGCAUAUCCACCAAAGCAAUGUGAUUUGAAUUAUUUAGAAAAUUAUAUAAAAUGGUUUUCUAAAAAAAUUAAAUUAUCUUCAAAAACUGAUCCAUUAUGUGAAAUAAAUGUAUUAUCUUUGACAGACCGAUUUUCAAGAUGUGAAGCUAAAACAAGAUAUGAACUGAUUGCAAUGUUUAUUUCUAUGUUGAGAUCAUUAGGAUUGAAUGUACGGUUAGUAAUAAAUUUAAAUGCUGUCUCAAUCAAACCAAGUUCUGAACAAUUGUUGGGUCCUUUAGUAGAUGAUGAUCAUAAUAUUAUGAAACCAUCUUGUAGUAAAUCUAAUGGAGAUAAUAAAAAGAAAACUCCGUCAAAAUCAGAAUAUUUCGAUAAAAAAUCAAACAAAAUUGAAAAUAGUAAAAAAGAACUUGAAACAAAAAAUUCUAAAAUAGAUAAUAAAAAAAAAAAAACCAAAGGUAGUAAAAUUGUGUAUGAAAAUAUUUCUUCAAGUGAUACUGAAGAUGAUAUUUUCGUAAAAAACAUAAAAAGUGCUAAAUCUGAGUAUUUUAAUAAAACAUCAAACAAAGCACAAUCUGAUUUAAAAAAAUUAAAAUCUGUUAAUGACAAAAAAAAAGUAACGAAAAAAAAUUCUGAAAUAAGUAAAAAAAUUGAUCGCCGUGUUCUUUCAACUGACGAAGAAGACCAUACAACACAGAAUAGUGAAACAGUUACUAAAAAAAAAGUGAAAAAUGACUUUUGGGUGGAAGUAUUUCUGGAAAUGGAAGAAAAAUGGUUUUCUGUGGAUGUUAUUGGUCAGCGUAUACAUUGCAUCAAAGAAAUAUAUAAUGGUACAUCUCAUCCUAUGCGUUAUGUUUUGGCUUGGUAUAAUGACAAUAGUAUCAAAGAUAUUACAAAACGAUAUGAUCCAUAUUUUCAUACACUAACACGAAAAAUCCGAGUGGAUCCUAAAUGGUGGAAAGCUACUUUACGACCUUACACUCCAACAAGGUCAGCUAGAGAACGUGAGGAAGAUGAAGAAUUAAAUAAACAAUUGGAAGAAAUACCAUUACCUAAAACGGUUUCUGAGUAUAAAAACCAUCCAUUGUAUGCCCUAUCAAGACACUUGCUAAAAUUUCAAGCCAUAUACCCGCCGGAACCACCAAUUGUUGGACAUGUUAGAAAUGAACCAGUUUAUUUACGAGAAUAUGUCCAUGAGCUUAAUGGUAGAGAAAACUGGCUAAAAGAAGCCCGUGUGGUUAAAAUGGGGGAAAAAUGGUAUAAGCAAGUUAAAGCACGUCCUAGAUUUGAUCGGAAUGGUGUGCGAACAGAUCCUCCACCAUUAGAAUUGUUUGGUUAUUGGCAAACCGAACCUUACGAUCCUCCAACUGCUACUAAUGGUCAAGUUCCUAGAAAUUGUUAUGGCAAUGUUGAUUUAUUUAAGCCUUGCAUGUUACCCAAAGGAACCGUUCAUCUUCAACUGCCUGGGUUACUGCGUGUAGCGAAAAAACUAAACAUUGAUUGUGCUCCUGCAGUUAUAGGUUUUGAUUUUCACGCAGGUGGUUCCCAUCCAGUAAAUGACGGUUUUGUAGUAUGCCAAGAGUAUAAGGACACUUUAAUAGAUGCAUGGAACCAAGAACUUGAAGAAAGUCGUAAGCGAGAGCAAAAAAGAUAUGAAGAUAGAGUUUACGGUAAUUGGAAACGAUUAGUAAGAGCUCUUCUUAUUCGUGAACGAUUGAAAAUCAAAUACAAUUAUUUUGGAGGUGAUAAAGAAGGCCAGUCUACAUCUAAGACAACUGAUACUAAAAAAUAAAAUCUAUUAUGUUAGUAAUUUAGUAUAUCUAUGUUAUAUUAAAUUUAUAUCUUGUACGUUUCAAUAGUCAUUAAUAUUUAAUUCCAACAGUAUUAUUAUUUAUUAAUGUUAUUUUGGUUGUUUUGUAAAAUUGUAUUUAUAUUGUGGUCCUUUGUAAUGAAUAUUUUUUUUAAUAUUUUUUGUUUAUAAUGUUUUUCAAAUUGUGAUAAAUAAAUAAUAAUAAUAAUUAUAGUAAAAUAUAAUUUAAAAAAAAAACAUAAACUUUUGGUAUACAGUUUUCGUGUCCACCUAGUACCUAUUACAGUAGCAGAUUUUGUGUUAGUGUACAAUUUUGGGCAAAAUGUUAAGAUUAGAGUAUUAGAAUAUUAUGUUUUUUUUUUUUGUCAUAUUUGUUUUAUUUGUACAAUCUGUAUAAAAAAUAAUUACAAUAAGCACAAUGGAGGGAUAAUACAAUUAUAGGUCAUUGGUCAUGGUUGGCUUGAUGAAGAAGCUAUUCACUAAUAGCACUUCAUGAGAAUAUUAUGUAGUAUUGUAGUUGUACCUAUUGGCUAUUGACUAGAGUAAUGACUAAUGAGAGUCAGGAUUAAGCUAUUAAUACUCAACAGUUAACACAAAUAGUGUUUAUUUAAGUCUUCUGUUAAACAAAACAAAAUUAAAAUGUAUUUAUCAUAACUGAAAAAUUCUACUAAGAUGAUUCAAAAU